CAAUUUGGAGUGUGGGUGGAGGGAGGUCAUAGUUCUCCCUGAGUGAGACUUGUCUGCUCCUCUGGGCCCUGGUCCUGUCCUGUUCUCCAGCAUGCUGUGUCUGAAGCUCCCUGGAGGCUCCUGCAUGGCAGCUCUCACAGUGACACUGAUGGUGCUGAGUCCCCCACUGGCUUUGGCUGGGGACACCCGACCACGUUUCUUGGAGCAGCAUAAGGGUGAGUGUCACUUCUUCAAUGGGACGGAGCGGGUGCGGUUCCUGGAUAGAUACAUCUCUAACCAGGAGGAGAACGUGCGCUUCGACAGCGACGUGGGGGAGUUCCGGGCAGUGACGGAGCUGGGGCGGCCAGACGCCGAGAAUUGGAACAGUCAGAAGGACUUCCUGGAAGACAGGCGGGCCCAGGUGGACACCUUCUGCAGACAAAACUACGGGGUUGGUGAGAGCUUCACAGUGCAGCGGCGAGUCCAACCUAAGGUGACUGUGUAUCCUUCAAAGACCCAGCCCCUGCAGCACCACAACCUCCUGGUCUGCUCUGUGAACGGUUUCUAUCCAGGCAGCAUUGAAGUCAGGUGGUUCCGGAACGGCCAGGAAGAGAAGGCUGGGGUGGUGUCCACAGGCCUGAUCCACAAUGGAGACUGGACCUUCCAGACCCUGGUGAUGCUGGAAACAGUUCCUCGGAGUGGAGAGGUUUACACCUGCCAAGUGGAGCACCCAAGUGUGACCAGCCCUCUCACAGUGCAAUGGAGAGCACGGUCUGAAUCUGCACAGAGCAAGAUGCUGAGUGGAGUCGGGGGCUUUGUGCUGGGCCUGCUCUUCCUUGGGGCCGGGCUGUUCAUCUACUUCAGGAAUCAGAAAGGACACUCUGGACUUCAGCCAACAGGACUCCUGAGCUGAAGUGCAGGUGACCACAUUCAAGGAAGAACCUUCUGCCCCAGCUUUGCAGGAUGAAAAGUUUUCCCGCCUGGCUGUUAUUCUGCCACAAGAGAGGGCUUCCUCAGGACCUGGUUGGUUGCUACUGGUUCAGCAGCUGCAGAAAAUGCCCUCCGUUGUGGCUUCCUCAGCUCCUGCCCUUGGCCUGAAGUCCCAGCAUUGAUGGCAGCGCCUCAUCUUCAACUUUUGUGCUCCCUUUACCUAAACCCUAUGGCCUCCUGUGCAUCUGUAUACUCACCCUGUACCACAAACACAUGACAUUACUAAAUGUUUCUCAAAGAUGGAAUUAAAUAUCAUCUGGUCCAUUUGGCCCCAAAGACAAAAAAU